GGGGCGGAGCUGCGCUGAGGCUGGCUGCCUGAGCAGUCAAGCCUUUCCCAGCGAAGGGUCACCGGGUGUCCCCGGAGCCACUGCGGGCCCUGCGGGCCAGCCAGGUGGGGUCUGGAGAGCCAGCCCUGCCUAGAAGUCAGGCAAUGCCCCGCCACGGACUGUCACCCGGCCAGGGUCACUGCAGGUCCAGCGGGGAUCAGGGAUUGGAGAGGUCCUCAUGGGCCCCUCGUCUGGGACUCUUCUGGUUGGGUCUCGGCCUGGGACUACUGCUGGUUCUGCCUGACUCUAUGGUUCUCUGGGCCCCUGUCAGAGCUCACCCUCUUCCUGCUCAAGGAUAUCCUGCCAGGCUCAAUGGCAUAGGGCCUAGUCUCAAGGAUGCCUUUGGAUGGUGGAACCUCUCCUGCCCAGUCUGCAAAAGCCUAUUCACCGCCAUCAACUUCGGGCUGAAGCAAGAGCCCAAUAUAGUGCGGCUGGGCUCGGUGGCCACCAAGCUGUGCAAGAUACUGAACAUAGCACCACCCAAUGUGUGCCAGUCAGCAAUCCACCUCUUUGAGAACGACAUGAUAGAGGUGUGGACACGCUCCGUGCUGAGUCCAUCUGAGGCCUGUGGCCUGCUCCUGGGCUCCUCUUGUGGACACUGGGACAUUUUCUCACCUUGGAACAUCUCCUUGCCGGAUGUACCCAAGCCAGUCCCCAAGCCACCAGCCCCACCAGCCCCAGGUGCACCUGUCAGCCGUGUCCUCUUCCUCACGGAUCUGCACUGGGAUCAUGACUACCUGGAAGGCACAGACCCUAACUGCCCAGAUCCACUGUGCUGCCGCAAGGGCUCUGGCCUGCCACCCACCUCUCAGCCAGGUGCUGGGUACUGGGGCGAGUACAGCAAGUGUGACCUGCCCCUGAGGACCUUGGAGAGCCUACUGAGUGGGCUAGGCCCUGCUGGUCCUUUCGAUAUGGUGUACUGGACUGGAGAUAUCCCUGCCCAUGAUGUCUGGCAACAGUCUCGUCAGGACCAGCUGCGUGCCUUGAACACCAUCACAGACCUCGUGAAGAAGUUUUUGGGACCAGUGCCAGUGUACCCUGCUGUGGGCAACCAUGAGAGCACACCCGUCAAUGGCUUCCCUCCUCCCUUCAUAGAGGGCAACCAGUCCUCACGCUGGCUCUAUGAUGCCAUGGCCAAGGCAUGGGAGCCCUGGCUCCCUGCGGAAGCACUUCGAACCCUCAGAAUCGGGGGGUUCUAUGCCCUUUCUCCACGCCCUGGGCUCCGCCUCAUCUCUCUCAAUAUGAAUUUCUGUUCCCGGGAGAACUUCUGGCUCUUGAUCAACUCUACAGACCCUGCGGGACAGCUCCAGUGGCUAGUGAGGGAACUUCAGGCUGCUGAGGAUCGAGGAGACAAAGUACAUAUAAUCGGUCACAUUCCCCCAGGGCACUGCCUGAAGAGCUGGAGCUGGAAUUAUUACCAUAUUAUAGCCAGGUACGAGAACACCGUGGCUGCUCAGUUCUUUGGCCACAAUCAUGUGGAUGAGUUUGAGGUCUUCUAUGAUGAGGAGACUCUGAGCCGGCCACUGGCUGUAGCCUUUCUGGCACCCAGUGCUACCACCUACAUUGGUCUUAAUCCUGGUUACCGAGUCUAUCAAAUUGAUGGGAACUACUCCGGAAGUUCUCACGUGGUCCUGGACCACGAGACCUACAUCCUGAACCUGACCCAGGCGAAUGCACCAGGAGCCACACCACGCUGGCAACUCCUCUACAGAGCUCGAGAAACCUACGGGCUGCCCAACACACUGCCUGCUGCCUGGCAUGACCUGGUCUACCGAAUGCGGGAUGAUGACCAACUAUUCCAGACCUUCUGGUUUCUUUACCACAAAGGCCACCCACCCACAGAGCACUGCGGUGCCCCCUGCCGCCUGGCUACUCUGUGUGCCCAGCUCUCGGCACGAGCUGACAGUCCUGCUCUAUGCCGCCACCUGGUGCCGAAUGAGAGCCUCCCGGAUGUCCAGGGCUUAUGGCGAAGGCCCCUGUUCUGCUAGGGCCAAAGGGAUGAGAGUCAGGAAAGUUCAUGUCUUAGGAAAGGAACAAAGGCCUGAGUGCUGCUGUGAGUCAGUCUGGCGAGAACACCGCAUGGAAGAGCCCAUCCUAGGGCCCCAAAUAUGCUGGGGAACAGGACCUUCUUUCCUGGAGCCGGUUUGGCUGGAUUUGGGAGAGGGUUUGGCUGUUCUACCCGUGCCCAGCACCAAGAUUCUCCUGGGAUUCUGUCCUCUCACAGCUGUGGAGCUUGAGGUCUAAGUGCCCCGGGGCAGCCAGACAGAAGCUGUCCUGUUGCUGCCCAGGUAGAAACCUUGCACUGCUGCUACUUGAUCCUGUGAGGUUGAUAAAAUAAAGAAGGACUUGGUACUGCGUA